AACAUGUCCCAUAUCAGUAAUUUCCCAUUCUCUUCAAGGGGAUUUCUGUCAUAAAACGUUUCUUAUGGUUGCAGAAACACCAAGAGGCAGAAGGCAUUGAAGAACCCAACCUGUAUUUUAUGUUUUAGGAGUUGCAGAUAGCUGCAAAUUCAGAAAUUCAACAUAGCUGAGUUAAGAAGAAGCAGAGUCCAUUAAAUUUCACGCAAUUUUAUUUAUCAAAUCAGUUAAUUAUACAGGAGAGGCAGAGCAAUUAAUCCAACCACCAUUGAAGAAGAAGCUCUCAGAGAGAAAGUCGAUGACUGAUGAAAACCCAGUUUAAUCUGAACUCAAUUUGAUAUGAUUUUCCACAUUCUCCACCGAAAGUCUCUGACUUUGAUCACUGUCGUCACCGUCCUUAUCCUUUCAACCUCCACAGCCGCCAUAGCCAAAGCUCAAAACUCAAGCUCCUGCAUACACACAUGCGGAUCGGGAAAAUCCGCCAAAACGGUUCGCUACCCAUUUGGAUUCUCACCCAGCUGCCAAAUCCGAUUGAACUGUUCUGAAAAUAACGAGAUCAGACUCGGCAAAUUCAGAGUCCUAAACGUGACCCCAAACGCCGUCUUCGUGAACCUCCCUGCAAUAUGCAACCGUCGGUUCGAAUCCGUGAUCGAACUCUUCGGCCCGAACUUCGGCCCGACUUGGAACAACAGCCUCCUCCUCCAGAAUUGCUCGGCGCCGCAAAACGGCUGCCUCAUUCCCGCCGAUUUCGUUCAGAAGCAGUUCAAUUUAGAGAGCUGCAGGUCCAGCGCCGAUAACAUCAGCUGCCUGUCUCAGCCGCACAACCAGUCAGAAGUUAUGCGAUUCGAGGACUUGAGUCGGACCGGGUGCAAGAACUUGUUCGGGUCGAUUUCGGUUCAGUCGGAUGGGGAGUCGCCGCUCUCGCUGGAGUUCGAAACGGUGGAGUUGGGAUGGUGGGUCGGGGGACUCUGCGACUGCGAUCCGAAUGCCACGUGUACUCGGGUAAAGCUCGGCGAGAGGACGGACGGGUACCAAUGCAGAUGCGUUGAUGGGUUCGACGGCGACGGCUUCAAUCAUGGGUCGGGCUGCCGGAGAGUGUCCAAGUGCAAUCCUUCAAAGUACAUGUCUGGUCGCUGUGGGGGAACAACAAGAGUUGGUGUUCUUAUUGGAGGGGUUAUUGCUGGAGCUUUCAUAAUGGCCGGUCUAUUUUUUAUCUGUCACUUUGUUCGACGUCGCUCAACUUGCUUGAGAAACCAAAUGAGUGCAAGGCGCCUUCUAAGCGAAGCAGCAGGCAACUCUAGUGUUCCAUUAUAUCCCUAUAAAGAAAUAGAGAGAGCCACUAAUUGCUUUGCUGAAAAACAAAGGCUGGGAACGGGGGCUUUUGGUACAGUUUAUGCAGGAAAACUCCACAACGAUGAGUGGGUUGCCAUAAAGAAGAUCAACCGUCGAGACACCAAUGGCAUUGAUCAAGUCAUGAAUGAGAUCAAGCUCCUUUCCUCUGUGAGCCACCCGAAUCUGGUGCGCCUCCUAGGUUGCUGCAUAGAGGGAGGUGAACAGAUCCUCGGUCUCGAUUCUGUCCAGAUAGAGCACUCCCACGAUAAGGCUCUAAAAGGUCGGAAACAAUUAAGCUUUCAGCAUGCAACGCAGAAUCUUGCUCAGGAUUGCCGAAGCAGCAGCGGGCCCAGAUGGACUUUCCGUGGAGUCACAUCAAGGCUCAACCAUUCAUACUCGCGCUCUGAAUGCACCCUCGCUAAUGCUAUAGCUUAUUCCUACACUAUCGAUUCUGAGUAUGAAGUGGCUAUCCACACAUUUAUCACAGAUGGCAUAUCUUACGAACAUUAA